AAUGACUAAUCCUGCACGAGUAAUUUUUAAAGACAAAUAAAGAUUAUGUGAUGACAAAGUGAUUUUACACUCAUAGCUAACACUAACAUUCUGAUAAAAUGUUCUGCAGCUAUCCCAAAAGGUGGAAACCAUGGGCAUCAUUUUUAACAGUAGUGAUGAAAAGGACACUUCUCCACUUAUUGACUCAAGGUACAAAAGAAUUGUCACAAAGGAUGGCCAGAGGAACCUAAAGAUAGAACCUCUCCCUGGAAAAAGUAUUGAACACUUAAAGGAUAUCUGGUCGAUCUUGAUGGAAAUGAGGUGGCGCUGGAUGUUACUAGCUUUCUCCGGAGCUUUUGUGGCUCACUGGAUCUUCUUCGCUUGCUUUUGGUAUUUAUUGGCAUACAUGCAUGGUGAUUUAGUUGUAUUAGAUGAUAACAACCCACCGGAAAACCACACUAUCUGUGUGAAAUAUAUUGACAGCUUCACUGCAGCCUUUUCUUUCUCGCUGGAAACUCAGCUUACAAUUGGUUAUGGAACCAUGUACCCUGACAGUGACUGUCCAGCUGCAAUUGCUCUCCUUGCAGUUCAAAUGCUGUUGGGACUCAUGAUGGAAGCCUUAAUUACAGGUGCCUUUGUGGCAAAGAUUGCCGAACCCAAACUUAGAACAACGAGAAUUAAAUUCAGCUACUUUGCUACUGUUGCACAACAUGAAGCAUGCCUUAUGUUUAGAGUAGCCAACAUAUGGCAGAGCUCAUUAACAAAUGUUAAAGUAACUGCCAUUUUAUAUAAAGAAUACAAAACUAAACACCUUCAUCAAACAAGCAUUGAUUUUCAGAUUGACCAUCUAAAUUCUAACAAAUGUCCAUAUCUCAUCUUUCCACUUACGUUCUACCACACCAUCAAUCAAUAUAGUCCUUUCUAUCCAGUGAUUCAAGGAAAGAUGCCACCCUACUACGAAUUAGUAAUCUUUUUGUCAGCCGAACAGGAAGGUAUUGGAGAGACUUGCCAGAAGAGAACCUCUUCUAUUCCUGAAGAAAUCAAACUCAACCAACAGUUUGCUCCUGUGAUAAGCUGCACUUUGAAAGGGUACAAGAUUGAUUUGGACAAUUUUGACAAGACAAUUCCAGGAUUUCCUGAGCCACUUAAUAGAAAGUAUGCAAAGGAGAAUGAUUUUGUUGUGAACAUCAGUGAUCAUGCUGAUAUACUAUUCCAUGAUAGUGCUAUCUGAUUUAUUGUCAUGAAAGCAAAGUCAACAAAAUUAGUUUAAUCCUCUAACAAUGCCAGCAAAUCUCCCACAAGGAUGUCAGGAUCAUUCUGGUUCAUGAGCAACCAGUCGAAUUUUACAGGUCCUACGUUCCCCAGAAGUGGUCCCAAUGAUCCAGAAACUUGGAGCACUCCCUCCUAGAAUCACAAAUCAAUACAGAGUGCUGCCACAAGAAUGCAGCAUUCAUCAAAAGGCCAAGCAGCCUUAGCCUUGUCCUUUCUUCAGGCAGGAGAUACACAAGUCUCAGGGCCCACACCACCAGGUUCAGGAAAAGUUACCACCCUAUAACCAUCAGGCUCCUGAACCAGUAUGGAUAAUUUCAUGCACAACCGUGAAAUGAUUCCAAAAGGUACAAACUCACUUUCAAAGACUCUUUACAAUUCAAGUUCUCAGCAUUAUUUCUGUUAUCUGCAGUUACCUUUUGCACAUUCGUUUAUAUAGUUUUUUGUAAAAUUCUACAGUAUUUCUUUUUCCUUAAAAUGCCUGGAAGACAAAGAAUCUUAAGAUACUAUAUGGUAACGUAUACAAACUGAUAAUAAAAUUACUUUGAACAUGUUCAUCUGAACUAUCCUCCAAUUCGC